CUUGUUUUCUUGCAUGCGCCUUGUCGAACCAUCUGUCCGCCGUACCGCGGUUUCGAGGAGGCAACCACACUUAUAUCGCCAUUCAAGCAGAUGCUGGCGGCAAACAGGGGCCACUGCGUCCUCCACGGUGUCAGCAGUUAAUUGGAUUGCAGACGACGUCCCACAAUCAGCUCCGACCAUUACCCUCGGUACAAGGCGGAUUGUCCUCUAUCCAUGAAACAUGGCUUCCAGCGCCGCGUCCCCGAAGGCAGCGGCAACAGCUGCAACAGCAGCGAACACAACUUCUGUCGACGUCAAAGUUGCAAUAGCACGACCACCAUCGCUAUGCAUGAAACCAGCCCAAACCCCACCAGCCGCUUCCCCGCCAUCUUCAUCCACCUCAGCACCAAUGUCUCUCACCAGCAGGGAAUGGGUCGUCCCUCCUCGUCCCAAGCCAGGACGGAAACCAGCGACAGACACACCUCCCACUAAACGCAAGGCGCAGAAUCGUGCCGCGCAGAGAGCCUUCCGAGAGAGACGCGCCGCACGGGUAGGUGAACUCGAAGAACAAUUGAAGCAGAUCGAGGAAGAGCAUGAACAUGAACAAGAUAUCCUCCGGGCGACUGUGGACAAACUUGAAAAAGAGAUUGAACACUAUCAAACCGACCUGGCACACUGGGUGGAUCGAUGUAGGAGACUAGAAAACGAGCUGGCUGCUGCCAGAUCUACAACUUCGGAAUCACCUCCAAGCACAUCUACUCGGGACAAGGCUCCCAGUUCAAACGACAAUGCAGCAAAUGACACCUCAGUCGGAUGUGGAAAUUGCACACUAGAGACCCGCUGUCAAUGUAUAGACGACGCCUUCGCAGCAAUGGGCGGCGACGCAGCAGAGGCCCGCGACACAAAUCAUCACGAGAAACGUCCACUCUCCCCAUCACAGAGAGAUGGCGGUGAAAAGAGAAUCAAAAUCGAGAGCAGGGAGACUUUAGAAAUUGAUUUUACGGCAGUGUACGCCUCAAACGCCAUCCCAGAACGCCCUCGCUUGGACAAUCACUCUCCUACUUCCGCGGUGGCCGAUCCGUGCGGCUUCUGCUCAGAUGGCACACCGUGUAUCUGCGCAGAGGUCGCAGCUGAACAGGAACGAGCGCAGACCGCGGCCAGCAGCAGGUCAGCGGCAGCAAUCAUUCCGACGCACACAUCAUCAAGGCAACUCGACCAAUUUACACCACCCCCGUCCGAAGGCGAUGUGUCCAUGUCUGUCCCGUCAGUGCUUCCUCCACCUUCGGGGUGUGGGGCAUCGGGGCCAGGAACAUGUGCCCAAUGUCGCGCCGAUCCGAAUAGUACUCUUUUCUGCAAAUCUCUUGCGGCCUCUCGUGCUCAGUCACAGCUCGCGACCACACCCUCCUCAGGAUGCUGCGGCGCCCAAAUUCCCGGCGGGUCUUGCUGCCGGUCGAGUACCGAGAAUAAUGUGGUGCCUCUUCCCAGAAGAAACCGCACGACCCGGUCCCAAGCCGCAGUUAUUCCCUCCUACGAGACCCUGGCACAGCAAAGCUCCACAAAUGUGCCAAAGGCAGGUGUAACACUAACCUGCGCAGACGCCUACACCACCCUGUCGCGACACCCCGCCUACGAGCGCGCUGCGGGCGACAUUGGCGAGUGGAUGCCUAAGCUACAUGCCAGCGAACCUAGCAACCCGGGCAUGGCGGGAAGGCCGGCGUUGGAGAUUGACGCUGCGAACGUUAUGGCUGUCCUGAGGGAUUUUGAUCGGAGAUUCGGCAAGAGUCCCUGAACCAAACCACGUCGACAGAAACGAGCUGUGGAUGAAGAAAUGAGUUUUGGGGGCCGGUGGGCGGUCAAUGGGCUGCCUCCAUCUCUUUUUGUCUUUGACGAAGUCAUGGUUCGGGACGGUGUUAUAGUGAGGGGCGAAUAUGUGAAUGAAAGAGAAAGGACCAGGUCCUAUGCCGCGCAAAGUCUUCGGAAAAGUUGUUGUAUAUAUCUAUGUCGCCGGGUUUCCGUAUAUGAGGUCCAUUUUAUCCCCGGCGCGAGGAAAAAGGAACAAGAGGACUUGGACCGCAAGGGCCGCACGGACUGUGCAUACGUCGGGAGGGAGGGAGGAAGGCAGGUAGGUAGGCUAUAUCACGAGUAUCCGAUUUUUAGGGACUUCCCCUCUUCUACCACACUCUCCCUUCCUUUCAUGAAGACACGUCUCUGUACCAUGUACCUGUUGUGGAUGUAGAUGCGGAGGACUCCAACUCCGCUUGCGUACCGUGGACAUCACAUACACCACCUACCCGUCAAUGUACGUACCUAGGUAGUCUCAUACGAAAAACCUAUACUUAGUUAUGAGGG